UCUCCAACCCCAAACAAAUCAUUCCUCUCUCUCUUACAAACCUUUAAUCCUCUUCUAUCCUAAACAAAUCAAUCGCGACCAGGGAAGCUAUUUGCAAACAGGGUGGCCCAUGAGCUCUAAUCUCUGACGGGAUGGAACAACCUCACGAUGGCGAUCGGCGCUAAUCUCUGGCGGAGAACCAGGGUCUGAAUGACCCUGGGUUUCCAAAACGAGGUUGAUUUAGUAUUCAUAUAUGGUGGGAGACGAACCAACCGACGGAAGAUGAGACGGAGACCUCCAAUCCUCAUCAGAAGUGAGAGAUGGUUAGUCUCCUUUCUCCUUCUUGGUCAUCCUUUAACUUAUCUCCCCCGAUUCCGAAUGACGCACCAACGUUUCUUUAUGAUCUACAUUCUCCACAUCCCCUUCUUAGCGGCAGCCCCACACCCCGAGCAGGUAAGGGCGCUCAACGUUGCUGCACAGGCUUCGCCCCUGUUCUCAGGAACCCAGAAAAUCUGGCUAUUCUUCCCCAAAAAUCAGAAAUCGAACAGGCAUCAGCAUAAAUUCUCCUUCCUACAAUUGCAUCGGCAAAUUAAUUCUUCGGCGGCGGCGAUUAGGAGAGGUUUUCGAGAAAGAGAACUAGUGGAAGAGGGAAGAGGGAAGAGCGGAGCUCGAUGAAUUCGUCGUCCGGUCUCCGGCACGGAUGGAUUCUUGCUACCGGUCGACGACCUUGGAGCAUACGAAGCAGAGUUUCGACUUCACUGGCAGCGGCCCCAAUCCGAGAGGCCCUGCUGCUUCUUGACCAAAGCUGGAGUCGGAGAUUGGACAGAGAUUCUUCAUACUAGAUGUCGAAACGACAAAGCGACGAGUGUUGUGGCGUGUUUUAAAAGAAAUCCGACUAGUGAGAGUUGCAGCGAGAGAUUGGACUGGACGGAGAUUCUUCAUCACACACCACCGGCGUCGAUCAGUUGAG